AUGAAAGACUUUCCCAGCGUUAACAGAUCCCGGCUCGACUUCUCCAUCGUCCUCGACAUCACAGCGCCCGGGGCUUUCGACCAGUGCCUCAAGGAUGCCCAGCCCAUUGACGUGAUGAUCCAUGCCACUUCCCCGUUCAACUAUGCGGAAGCCAAGACACCUGGCGAUUUUAUCGACCCAGCGAUCCACUGCCCAACGGAAAUCCUGGAAUCCGCCGCGAAGCACGCACCAAGGCUCAAACGACUUGUCAUCACAAGUAGACGCGGCCAUCGGCAACCCGUUAGAUCUCCAGGAGAAUGGCAGAGUGUACUGUCCGAUGUGAGGGACCCGGUGACGAAGGAGCAGGGAUACGCGGGUGAUCUGAGCCUGGCCUACUGGGCAAGCAAGACCCUCGCCGAGCAAGCAGGCUGGAAAUUCAUGCAGAGCGAGAAGCCGAGCUUUGAACUCGUCGUCCUUAACCCGCCCAUCGUUUACGGCAUCCUCAGCCACAGCAUUGACUCGAUGAGCGACUUGAACACAGAUACCGUGCUUUGGAAGUUCAUGACCUCUGAAAAGGGGACUCCAAUCCCAGAGGACUCUCUGCACAUCUUCGUCGACGUUCGGGACUUGUCAUUUACACAUUAUCAGGACGCCCUUGUCCCCUGCGUUGGCGGGCAUCGGUUCCUCGUCACUCCAGGCAGCAACAGCAACCAAGAGACGUGCGACAUUUUGUGA